AUGUUUGGUCGGAAGCCAUUACCACAAGUACUUCUUAAACGUGUUGUUUGCUUUGAUUAUCCAUUCCCUAUCAACUCCAUCAAAGCAGUUAUCAAACUAAUUACUUCUGAAUACAAUUUGCCAUUAUUAACAAAUGCAUUGACAGAUUUUGUCAUAAAUAUCAACAAAAAAUUCCAAGAGGAUGACAAAAUCCGUCCAUGGUCAUUUAGAGAAGUUAGAAGGUUCUGCCGAAGAGUUAAAAAUUCUGAGCCUAUUGAGUUCCUUCAAAGUAAUGAUGAAUUGAAUAAAAUAUCUAUUGCUCCAUCCGCAAUGAUGCAUGCAUUAUUUAUGUCAUGGAUGAUGUGUCCUGAUCCAGAAAAAUCAACUAAAACAAUUUGUCAAGUUGUUGGAGAAUCAUUUGGAUAUACAGACAUCGAUAAUUUGGUUCAAAUAUUAUCUGCAGAUGCAGUUCCUCAAGAUAAUUAUGUAAUCAAAGGUAUUCUUAGAAUUAGAUCUGUUUUUAACAUUGAAAAUUCCAAAAGAGUUCCUAAAUCAAUUUCAUCAUUUUGGAAUGCAGUUUUCUUGGCUUCUUUAGUUCCUCCAACUGAUCCUUUAUUAAUUGUUGGAGAAUCAUCAUUCAAGACAUUUUUGGCAAAUUCAAUAACAGUUGCUCCAAGCCAAGUAACAUUAGGAAGUGAAACAACAACAGCUUCUUUAAUUGGCCAAGUUUCUUAUGUCAGACAACAGACAUAUGAAAGGAUUUUGCUUGAUUUACUUCAUACAAUUAUGAUUUCAAAUGAAAAAUUAUAUCCGAAAUUCACAGAUUUCAAGAAGAAUUUUGUAAGAAAUAAAGAAAAUUUAGAUAAAUUAGUUGAAUUCACAAAACAAAUUGAUGUUCCUUAUCUCAAGAAAUCUGUUGAUUACAUCACAAAACAAUUAAUUGCUGAUAUACCAAAUACAGCGAUAGGUGAUUACACAACUGUUUUCAAACCUGGAUUAAUUACUCACUAUCUUUUCAGACAAUCUCCUAUAAUCAUCAAGAAUUUUUCAAAACCUCCAACAUCUGUUAUUGAAAGAUUCAAUGAAUUGUUAUCAAUAGAACCAGAAUUAACAUUAACUGAAGAUUACACGAACACAAUCACUCCAGAAAAUGAUAAAACUAUCAAAAUAAAUCUCGAUCAAAAUUCAAAAUAUAGAUUUAGAAUCAUUGCUUUGAGUUCUUUAAAUGAUUUUAAUAGGAUUUCUGAAGCCAUGAAAUCAAGAUUUAACAUCAUUUCUAUCAAACCAUAUACUGUUGCAGAGAAAAAGACAAUCACAGGAUUAUCUGAUAAAUAUGCUAAAGAUCCUAAAUUCCAUAUCCAUAAAUUGAUUUUGAUGAAAUCAAUCAUUGAUCAAAUCCAAGCAAUUCAAACCAAAAUUUUGAAUUCUUCUGAAGAAAUUUCUAAAGAAAAAUUAGAAGUACAAGCUGCGAAAAUCUUAGGAACAGAAAAUAAUCAAUGCGAAGAAUUCAAAACACCUUUGAAAAUAGAUGAUGGAUACUUGAAAUCAGAUAAUCCUUAUAUCCUUUCUUAUUCAGCUCCUUCUGUUGAUCCAACAAAUUCAAAUAUUGUUUUCACAAAAACAACACAAACAUUGUGUGUAAAGAUCUUCACAGCAUUGUCAUUAGAUAUUCCAAUCAUUAUUCAAGGACCAACAGGUACUUGCAAGUCAAUGCUUGCUGACUAUGUUGCGAGUUUGAUGAAAGAUUUCGCAAACAAUAGUCACGUGAUCAAAAUCCAGUUGUCGAGAUCAACAACUGUUGAAGAUUUGUUUGGAAGAAAUUCAAUCAAAGUUGAUAUAAACGGAAACAAAAUUUUCGAUUAUAUUCCAACAGAACUCUUCAAAGCAGCAAGUGAAUCAAAUCACAGAUCAUUAAUCAUCAUUGAAGAGUUGAAUCUAGCAUCACCAAGUUUAAUUGAUGCUUUAACAAGUUUGUUCGAUAACAACCCUGAAUCGAAAAUAAUGAGGACAAAUGGAGAAUCAGAGAAGAAAGGAAGAUUUUCUAUUAUUGGUAUUGCUUCAGGAAAUGUUUCUCCUGCUCUUAAGAAAUCAGCAAUUUUCUUCAGAAGAGAUGAAUACGAUUCAAAUGAAAUGAGAGCUGUUUGUGAAUCUAUUUUGAAGAAUACUUCCGAGAUACCUGUUAAUUACUUUGAAAUGAAUAUUGCACGAAACUGCCAAAUGUAUUCUCAAUUGGAAUAUCAUUUCAAAAAUCUAAAGAAUUUGCUUCAAGAAAUCACUUUCAAAGAUCGAAAGAACCAACAAAAUCAGGAAUGGAGCAAAAUAGAUAUUUCAUAUGCACCAGGCGGAUCCACAUUAAAGGUUGGUGAUCUAAUAGUUCAAGUACCAAUCAAAAAUGCCAAUCUUGCUCUAAAUCUCCAAGAAAAACUUGUGACACUGACUCCAAGCGAACAAAAAUUGUUUUAUUGUUUGGCAGCGAAUAAACUCAAGAGAUAUCCAUUGAUUGUUACAUGA